GCGCCUGCGUGCUCGGGAGAACCUCUGGCCCGGAGACCGUGCAGAAAGUCCAGAAGGGGUUUCUAAUCGGAGUUAAAAUUAAUGUCUUUUCUCUAAUCAAAGCUGUCAGAUUCACCAUCUCAGCCAGCUCCAACAACUUUCGCCCUCCAUUCUUCCAUUGCUUCUUAUUGGAAUCCCGAUGGUUCCUUUGUAUCGAUACCUGGGAUUGGCUCUUCCCCAGUUAAGCAGAGCAACAAAUCAACGAAAUUUCAGCCUCAGCAAUGUGUGCAGCUAUAUCCAGAAGCUGACUCGUGUGCGAGUGGUUGAUAACAGCGCCUUGGGAAACACACCAUAUCACCGGCCUCCAAAAUGUAUCCAUGUCUACACCAAAAACGGAGUGGGCAAAGUGGGUGACCAAAUUCUUCUGGCUAUCAAAGGGGAAAAGAAAAAGGCAUUAAUUGUCGGGUGCAAGUUUCCCGGACCUCGCAUGUCUCCUCGGUUUGAUUCUAACAACGUGGUUCUCAUAGAAGAUAGUGGGAACCCAGUCGGGACACGGAUCAAAACGCCCAUACCUUCUCUGUUGAGAAAAAAAAGAGAAUUUUCCAAAGUGUUGGCCAUUGCCACCAACUUUGUAUGAUCACCAGGGGAGACACUGUGUGACAAACAAAGGGAUGUUGUGGGACUGUCCCUUGAGUUGCGUUUCUCUUUUCUUUCCCAGAAUCGAGGAAGAAGUGUUUGAAAAAAAGAAGGAAGAAGAUAGUGGGGGGGGGAGUGCUAAGACAUCUUUGAGGAAAUACACUUUCUGUUAUUUUGGGUAACUUGUUCUUCUUGAACUAGUUUAAUUAAAGAUAAAGUGCUAAAUAACUGUUUGUAUGUUUUAUGUUUUUGAAAGAGGUGGAAAAGGCUAAAAAGGUGGGAGGGCUAUUAAGAGGGUCAAAAGAAUCAUCUGUUGUUCUCUGUUAAUCUCCAGUUAUUUUGGGGUUAUUUCUUUCACAGUUUUAUUCUGUUAAAAGUCUGUGCAUUCUUCAGAUUCCAACCAGCAAUAACUUUAUAAGUAAAUUUCAGCAUGAUUUUAUGCUAUUGAUAAAGAAAAAUAAAAAGGAAAC